CACAAGCCCAUGUACUUCUUCCUCUCACACUUGGCCCUUGUUGACAUUUCCUAUGCCUGUAACACUGUGCCCCAGAUGCUAGCAAACCUACUGGACCCUGUCAAACCCAUCUCAUAUGCAGGGUGCAUAACUCAGACUUCUCUCUUUUUGACUUUUGCCCUCACAGAAUGUCUUCUCUUGGUAGUGAUGUCUUAUGAUCAUUAUGUGGCAAUCUGUCACCCCCUCAGAUACUCUGUCAUCAUGAGCUGGAGGGUAUGUGUCACUUUAUCAUUGGCCUCCUGGGCCCUUGGAUUCUUUCUGGCCUUGGCCCAUCUAAUUUUAUUACUUCCAUUGCCUUUCUGUGGUCCCCAGAAAAUCAACCAUUUUUUUUGUGAAAUCUUAGCUAUUCUCAAACUUGCCUGUGCUGACACCCAUAUCAAUGACAUCUUGGUCUUGGCUGGGGCUGCUUCUGUGUUGGUGGGACCCCUUUCUUCAGUUGUGAUCUCCUACAUGCGCAUCAUCUGGGCAGUCCUGCAUAUCCAGCCAAGAGAGGGGAGACAGAAGGCCUUUUCCACCCAUUCCUCCCAUCUCUGUGUAGUAGGACUCUUCUAUGGUAUUGCCAUCAUCAUGUACAUUGGGCCCAAGCAUGGGAACCCCAAAGAGCAGAAGACAUAUCUCCUCCUAUUCCAUAGCCUAUUUAACCCCAUGCUGAACCCCCUUAUUUACAGUCUGUGA